GUCUUCUCGUGUCUCGUCCCACUUUUACUACAGUGUUAUAGGAGCCUUAUUGCAGCUCUUGAACGCAGCUCGGCAGGCUGAACUUUGGACCAAAAUCGCGUCCAUUAACUUAUCUGACUCGCAGGAGCCAUGGCCGCCCCCCCAGUUGUUAUCUGGGAGCAGGAGGUGCAGCCCCUGCUGCGGUACAAAGAGUUGAUCCCUCGUCUGGAGGAAGCUUUGGGAAAGUUCUCCAGACGAGACAGCGCGGAGGUGAUCCAGCCUGUGCGCACCACCGUGCCUCUGCAGAAACACAGCGGCUUCCUGGGACUGAUGCCCACGUACAUGCAGAAUGACGGAGUCCUGUGCACAAAGUUGGUGUGUUUCUACAAGAGGGAGGAAGGCUCAACUUUACCGGCCACGCAAGCCGCGGUGGUGCUGCUGGACCCGGAGUAUGGGAACGUCAAGGCUGUCAUUGACGGAGAGGUGAUAACAUGCAUGAGGACAGCUGCUGUCUCUGCCAUUUCUGCUAAGCUGCUGAUGAGCCCUGAAGCAAAGGUGUUGGCCAUCUUGGGAUCUGGCAAACAAGCUUUGAGUCAUUACAAUGUCUUUACAGAGAUGUUUUCAUUCAAAGAGGUGCGUGUGUGGAGUCGCACAAGACAGGGAGUGGAGAGGUUUUCCCAAUCUGUCAGUGGUCCGGUGACGGCAUGUGUCUCAGUGGAGGAGGCAGUGAAGGGAGCAGACGUCAUAGUGACGGUAACCGGAUGUACAGAGCCAGUGCUCUUUGGUCAGUGGGUCAAACCAGGAGCCCAUGUGGCAGCAGUGGGAGCUUGCAGGCCAAACUGGCGGGAGCUGGACGACGUGUUGAUGAAGGAGGCGGUGGUGUACGCUGACAGCAGGGAGGGUGCAAUGACUGAGUCCGGUGAUGUCAUCCUCUCUGGAGCUGAGGUGUUUGCAGAGCUGGGAGACAUUAUUAAUGGGACAAAACCUGCCCACAGAGGGAAGACAACCGUGUUUAAAUCCCUCGGGAUGGGAGUUCAAGAUGCUGUGUCUGCUAAGCUGGUAUUUGACCAAUGGAAAGCCAAAGCCAGCCAAUCAUGAAGUCGCCAUCUAUUUCAGUCCUGACCUCUUUAUUUACUGCACACUAACUGAUCGAAAUUAGGCAGUACAAGACAGGACAAUGAAAAAAAAACACAGCCGUAUAACCUGUGUGUAUACUCGGGGAUUCAUGAAUAAUUCUUCUUCUGAUAACCAGAUUAACGUGCCAAACAUAUGCAUACCAAUCUUGCCAUAGAGCUUGAUAUUUCCUGCUGAAAUGAUUAGUUGACUAAUCAUAGUUUGCAGAAAAUUCAUCUUUGAAUACUGAUUAGCUGAAGCACUUUAUCAAGCAAUUUGUUACAGCCUGACAGAGGCUGUUCCUAUCAGGCACAGCAGUGCUUUGAGCUAAAUGGUAACGUUACAGUGCUAAUGCUGCAUUCAUUGAUCCCAUUUGUCAAGUUGGGAAAUGUUUUUUCUGACUUCCGUGUGUUAAUUAGCUUGAAGCAGCCCCCCAGGAACACUGUUUAUCCUUGCUUUCAAUUUUUCCCGGUGGCCCCUGUGGAGUCGAGGUGAAAAAAAUCCCUUGUGGCCCAAAAAGAAUUUUCUCCAUGACUACCAUUAUAAAAGAGAUGUCUGUAAAAUUGUUGACAGGACACCUCAAACUGCAAACAAGGUCAAUUAUGACUCUUUAUGUAAUUUCUUUUUAUAUCCAUGGAGGUUUUAUAUUUGUAAAACAUUCCUUGAGCCGAGAAAAAAUGUGUGAUUUGUGAAGUUUAUGAGCUGAGUAGGAACUUGCGGGCGGAGCCAGCAGGUAAAACACUACUGCACAUAUUCAGUGGGCUGCAUACAGUGGAAGUAAAGCUGGAAGCUAGAAACGUUUUUGGCCUUUGUGCCAGGCGAGCACAAGUAGGUAUCAUCGACGUAUUGAGAGACCUGGGCUGCAUGCAGCCCCAACAAAACUUAGCAAAACAUGUAUGUAAACAGAUACAGUGCACUGAACAUCAUAUUGUGUUACGUGGGUGCACUGCCUAGCAGGCAUUCCUCACCUUCCUCCUCUCCCAACCAGCCACACACAUUGUAGUAUUGUAGUGAACCAUCAUUUUGUAUCGACUGCCAGUUUUGUUGCUCACACUUUUCUCCUGUUUAUUAAGUUAGGGAGGUAAGCUUUUUGUCAUUUGUGUCUUAUUUUUUGAUUAGGUUAUUUACUUACUCCCUUGACAGGAUUGUUUUGUUUGUUAUUUUGGCUUUAGUCCACCCUGACGUUAUUAUUUACCUCAAUUCUGUCAUUUAAUUAUUGUAAUAAAUUCACACUAUUGAUCAUUCCA